AUGAAGGGUUUCUGCAAUUUUUAGAAAAUUCUUCUUAAUUAUAGUAGAAUGAAUACAUAAUCUAUGAAAGUGUAGAUGAGAAUGUAAGAGUUUUUGAUUAUUUGAAGGGCUAAUUAAUAAGUUAAUAAACAAUUCAGAUUUUGUUCUUUAAUAACGACAUUGCAAUACUUUUCAAUUAGCAAAAACAACCUAGUUGGUUUUAUUGAUUUAUUAGAAAGUAAUAGUUAAAAAUAUUGAUAAUAGUUUAAAAGAUUUUUAUUUAAUUAGAUGUGGAGAAUUGGAUUCAAAACUGA